AUGAUCCAGCUCCUCCUCACUCUGCUCACUCUCCUGGCUCCGGCGCUCGCGUACAAUGUCCCUCAUGGCUUCCUCACAGGUAGCCGAUGACGUCUUGGCUCCGCCCACUCUCAGAAUUACAGGCGAAGCCGUCACUUCCCACUCUGGAGCACACGAUCAAGAUGCAGAGUUGCGAGGUGAUACCGAAGUGAAAAGAGAGAAGCGUGGAUACUUCUUCCCUUCCAACUUCCAACAACAUUACGAUAAUAACUUAUUGGCCCAUUCGGAGCACCCGAAUGAGUACCUCAAAAAGUGGAUUGUCCAUGAGCACAAUCGCUACCGUCGCAUGGUAUUUCCUUCCGAGAACUGCCCCCUCUCAAUGCUUACCCUUCCAGGUUCCCGCCUCCGACAUGAACAUGCUCUACUGGUCGGACGAGCUCGCCGCCUCUGCUCAGCGCCACGCAGACACCUGCGACUUCCGGCACUCGCGCGGACGAAUGAACGUCGGCGAGAACAUCUGGGCGGCGCCUUACAGCAACUACUCGGACGCCAUCUCCAUUUGGUUCAACGAGGUAACACCUACGCGCCCGCCGCCUUCUCCCGUAAUUACCCGCAAUCCGUUCAGGUCCACAACCCUCGGUGCGGAUGCAAUCACGCCUACAAACACUGCUGUGGACACUACGUUCAGGUUCUUUCAAUUGGCUUCUCCUCCCUAAUUGGUCCUUUUUUCUCAGGUCGUCUGGGCCAAGACCAACCUCGUCGGCUGCGGAUUCUCCCGCUGUCGCGACGUGCAGGGAGUCUGGGGACGCGGCCAUCGCAACGUCUUCGUGUGCCACUACAACCCGCAAGGAAAUACGGUAUUCGUCACUGGCAGAGGACAGCUUUAUGCGGUUCGUUGUCCCGUCGGUCCGAAGCGACCUUCCGUCCUCCGUUUCUGAGUUCGUCUAACCCAAACGCUUCGCCUAACUGAGUGCAGUGCAAUCGGUUCCGUCCUUUCCCUUCCGUGCUCUUUUCUGUCCUUCUGCAGGGCUUCGCCCCUUUUCAUUUCUAACCCAUCUUCUUUUUGAAUCAUUCAUUUCCUCUCUUCCAGAUGCCCGCUUUCACCUGGGCCACUGACGACAACAGCCGCUGCUCCAACUGUCCGGCUAAUGCUCCCGCCUGUUACCAAGGCCUCUGCUACAUGCCGAAGAACUACGAAACGCCCACGACGCCGUCGACGACUUCAACGGAAGCUCCGACGACGACGACUUGCAGCCCUUCAGAUGACGUCGAUCCGAACGAGACGGAGGCCGAAGACGCCGAGAAUGACGACUUCCGAUUCAGGGCUUGA